AGUAAAAAAAAUCCUAAAAUGAUCCAUUAUCCUUAAACGUAGAUAUCAUGUGAUGGCACUGACACAUUUGCCAAAUAUAACAGACAUUUCCUUAUUGAAAUCCUAAACUUAUCCGAUAAACUUAAAUGUAGAUUAGAAAAUUAAUCCGAAUUUUGUGGGGCCAAUUUCCUCCUUCAGUUCUAUAUAUAUAUAUCUCUAUGAUUUGUGUUCAUUUCUUCAUAAGAAUUUGAGAAAGAGAAAUAAUUGUUCAACAAUGGCUAAGGUAUCCUUAUUAUUUUGUGUCCUCUUGGGGCUCCUGGUUCACACUCAUGCACAUUCACAUAAAAGUGAGAAAAGCGAGAAGAUUGGAUUUUAUGAAUUAAAAAAAGGAAGUAUGAGGGUUAAUUUGACAAACUAUGGUGCUUCAAUUGUCGCUGUUUAUGUACCUGAUAAACAUGGGAAAGUGGCUGAUGUUGUUCUUGGCUAUGAUUCUAUUGAGCAAUAUGAGACUGAUGGAGUCUACUUCGGUGGUCUUAUUGGGCGUGUGGCAAAUAGGAUCGGAGGAGCUCAAUUCACUUUGGAUGGUAAAACAUACAAAUUGCCAGCUAAUGAUCAUGGGAACACACUCCAUGGUGGCCAGAAAGGGUUCGGUGAUAAUGUAUGGAAAGUAAAAAUUCACAAGGAUGAUAGUCAUGUAACAUUUACCUACGAGAGUUUUGAUGGGGAACAAGGUUUCCCCGGAAAGCUUGACGUAAGUGUGACAUACAUGUUGCUUGAAAAGAACAUAUUGGGUGUGAAAAUGACUGCCAAGCCAGUAAACAAACCCACACCAGUAAAUCUAGCACAACAUGCAUACUGGAACCUAGGAGGACACAACAGUGGUGACAUUCUUAAUCACAGUGUUCAAAUCUUUGGUUCAUCCAUCACACCGGUAGACGAUAAACUCAUCCCAACAGGAAAACUUGAAUCCGUGAAGAACACGCCAUAUGAUUUCCUUAAACCAAAACAAGUUGGAAGUCAAAUUAACGACCUUCCUGGUUUAUACGACAUUAACUAUGCGAUUGAUGUGAAUGGUCAAAAUCAUUUAACCAAGGUUUGUAUAGUGAAAGAACCUGUCUCAGGAAGGAAAAUGGAGUUGUGGUCAAACCAAGUUGGAUUGCAAUACUAUACUAGUGGAAUGUUGACUGAUACUAAAGGAAAGGAUGGAGCUACAUAUCACAAGUAUGGUGGCAUUGCUUUGGAGACACAGGGUUUCCCAGAUUCUGUGAAUAAGCCUAACUUUCCAUCUCAGAUUGUUAAGCCUGGAGAGACAUACAAGCAUAUCAUGGUUUAUCGAUUCAUGGCUAGCUAGAUUUAUUUUUUGAAUCUAGCUCUCACAUUUGGCACGAUGAUAUUCAAUCUUUCUUUUCUUGUUCAUCAUUUAGCUUUGUUUCUUGUGUUACAUUUGUGUUGCUAUGAAUGAUAACAUUGUGUAUACUGGUGCCAAA